UUAAAUUAUUCAUUUUAAUGUCAUAAUGUUUAAUCUUUCGCCAACAAAAAUCCACCAAACACUGAGCCAUUGCCCUUUUAAGUGCAAUCUGGGCGGGUUCUCGCCAUCCCCGUUAGCCGGUGGGCUGAUGGGUGGCGCUAAUAACCACUGUUGGUUCAUAUUUGUUUCCUUAUAGUUUCCCCGCAGCCAAACACAGCCCUGCCAUUCCGAAGGCUCCCAGUCACUCCCCAAGGCAGUAAAAGGAAGGGCUGGAUACCAGGUGACCGCAAAGAGUGUGGAUGUUCAGAAGGCGUUUCUGUUGCUGUUCUUUCCCGUGGAAAUGUCUGCACUGUCAUCCCCUGAACUGAAUCGUCUGGAGAUAAAUCGACUCCUUUGAUUUCAUUAUUUACUUGGAGCACAGAAUGAGUCCGAAUACUUCGCUCCAGGGUUCCCCAACUCUGCAACUAGUUGGCGUCGUUUGUUUGUUGUUUACCUCUGCCCGGUGUGUGCCCGUGGUCCACAAACUCCACCCUAUUCUGGACAGCGAAGGUCCACUAAAAUCAACCGUGGCAUUCUUGGAAAAGUAUGGUUACCUUGAACCAGGAUCCCUCAGGCAACUGAACCCUGCACAGGUGAAGGAGGCGGUGAGAGAGUUCCAGUGGAUUUCCCACCUGCCGGUCAGCGGUGUCCUGGACGAGCGGACAGUCCGACUGAUGUCCAUACCGCGCUGUGGAGUAAAGGACAUCGGCAGCCACGAGAGCUGGGAGGGUCGAGUAAGGGCCCUGUUCCUUGGCCAAGCCGGCAAAUCCCGGCGGAUGAAGCGUUACUCACAGCAAGGAGAGAAAUGGUACAAGCACAACCUGACGUACAGAAUCAUCAACUGGCCCAGGUACCUGGAGCAACACCGAGUGAGGAUGGCAGUGAAAACUGCCUUUGAACUGUGGAGCAACGUGUCACCGCUGACCUUCGGGGAGGUACAGGACGGGCCUGCGGACAUUCGCCUUGCGUUCUACCAAGGCGAGCACAAUGAUGGCAUUGGCAACGCUUUUGAUGGACCAGGUGGAGCCUUGGCCCACGCUUUCUUCCCCCGAAGAGGAGAAGCCCAUUUUGACAAUGAUGAGAGAUGGUCCCUGAACCAGGGCAAAGGCAGGAACCUGUUCAUCGUCACUGCACAUGAAAUUGGACAUACACUGGGCUUGGAACAUUCUCCCGUCAAAAAUGCCUUGAUGUCUCCAUUUUAUAAAAAGUUAGGCCGAGACUUUAUCCUCAAUUGGGAUGACACCAUGGCCAUUCAGAAACUAUAUGGGAAGCCAGUCCAUCGGCCGGGACUGCAGCCGCUGGCAGGACUGCUGACUUCUUUCCAGAGCCCGGCUGAGCACGCUGAGACCAGGGACCCCGCCAGAGGCCAGCAGCAGCCAUCCUACUGCCGGACCCAAUUUGAUACCAUAACCAGGGAUCUAAAAGAAAAUAUCUACAUUUUCCGAGGAGCCGACUACUGGAAGAUCUCACGAGACGGCACUAUCAAAGGACCCCUGUCGCUGCAAAAGAGCUGGCCUGAGCUACCCCUGGCUAUCGAAGCCGCAGCCGUGUCGGAGAAGGAAGGAAAGUUCUACUUUUUUAGAGGGGGCCGGUGUUGGAGGUACACAGACAACCAGCUGGACCAGGGCUACCCGGUGAAGGUUAAGACGAUGAGGCUGCCUCGACAUCCAGAUGCCGCCUUCUACUACCCGCCACUCAGCCACCUGGUGAUUUUCAAAGGAUCCAAGUACUAUGUCUUGAAUGAAGAAACGAUGCAGGUGGAGCAGUAUUAUCCGAGGACCCUCAGUGACUGGAACGGGAUCCCAGUUGGGAUUAAUGGCGCCUUCACCUGGAAUGAUAAACGCACCUAUUUCUUCAAAGGUGACGCCUUCUGGAAGUUUGACCACAGCAGGUUGAAGGUGUUGCGUCAGGGGCAGUGGGCGAAGGAACUGGCGUGGACAGGCUGCCGGCACACUAACCAUGCCAACUCCACCUGGCAGCAGACGUGACUUCAGGGCUCCAAUCCCCAAGCUAUCCCAGCUCAGCUUGUCAGAGGGAGCCCAGUGUAACCAGACACAGUACACCACCCACACCGUGUACAACCUACACAGAUGGAGAAGAUACACAGAACAUCACAAUUUAUAUUUAUAUCACCUUUGAGUGAUACUGAUAUCUUACACGUGCCUUGUGCUGUGUACGACUGCUGGUACUGUGUUUGCAUUUGGCCCCGGAGGAUCCCAGUUUCUUUUUGCUGUAUUCAUGUAUAGUU